UUAGCCACUAAAAAUACAUGUUGGGGAACUAUACUCUCGCUCCUUCUUCUUCUUCUUCUUCCUCUCCAACCAUGACUGUAACCCUAAACCUUAUAGGCUUAACUAAAAAUUGGCUGAUUACUUCUUCUUCUUCUUCUUCCACAACGCCCAUCUUGCGUGCUUUAUUUACAACUAUCCAAGCUCUGGUUUUCAUGGCUUUGAUUCUUAUAAUCAAAAAAUUAAGAUCUCUUUCGCGUAAAUCCAGCCAGCAAAAGCUACCUUCUAAGAAAACUCCACUUCCUCCUGGCCCUCUUCCAUGGCCGGUUAUCGGUUCUGUCCCGGAAAUGCUCCUGAACAAGCCGGUAUUCCGGUGGAUUCACCGGAUAAUGGACGAACUUGAGACCAACAUUGCUUGUAUCCGUCUAGGAAAUACCCAUGUAAUCCCAGUUUCCUGUCCCAAGAUUGCCCGAGAAAUCUUGAAAAACCAGGACUCAAUUUUCGCGUCGAGACCACUUUCCUUCGCUGCGCACACUUAUAGCGGCGGUUAUGUGACGGCAGUCAUAUCGCCGUUCGGCGAUCAGUGGAAGAAAAUGAGACGGGUCUUGACGUCGGAGAUAAUUUGUCCGGCAAGGCACAAGUGGCUCCACGAUAAAAGAGCCGAGGAGGCUGACAAUCUCGUCACCUACAUCUACAACCAGUACAAGAACAGUAAGAACGUGGACUUGAGAAUCGCAACUAGGUAUUACUCUGGGAAUGUGAUCAGGCGGCUCAUGUUCGACAAAAGAUACUUCCGCGAGCCAAUGGCCGAUGCAGGUCCAAGCGUCCAUGAGAUAGACCACGUUGAAGCUCUUUUCACUGCGCUUGGCUUCCUUUACGCCUACUGUAUCUCUGAUUAUUUUCCUGGGUUGAUCGGGCUUGACCUUGAUGGCCAUGAGAAGAUUGUAAAAGAAGCUAACAGCGUCAUUGAGAAGUACCACGACCCUAUUAUUAAAGAAAGGAUCCAACGAUGGCGGAACCCUAAUGACCCAAACUGUGGCAAGAAGGAGAUUCAAGACUUUCUUGAUGUUCUUAUCACAUUGAAGGAUUCAAACGGUGAGCCACUCUUAACACCAGAAGAGAUUAAAGCACAAUCUAGGGAAAUCAUGAUGGCAGCAGUAGAUAAUCCAUCAAACGUGGUAGAAUGGAUAAUGGCUGAACUGAUAAAUCGCCCUAAUAUUCUUCAAAAAGCCAUGGAAGAACUUGACAGAGAAGUUGGUAGGGAAAGACUGGCUCAAGAAUCAGACAUCCCACGUCUCAACUACAUUAAAUCAUGCAUUAGAGAAGGUUUCCGGCUUCACCCAGUUGCACCGUUCAACGUCCCUCACGUUGCCCUAAGCGAUACCACCGUCGCCGGCUACUUCAUCCCGAAAGGUAGCCACGUGCUGCUCAGCCGCAUUGGACUCGGUCGGAACCCUAAAGUCUGGCAAGACCCGCACGAGUUCAGGCCCGAGCGCCACCUGAACGAAUGUUAUGACGUGGCGCUAACGGAGCACGAUCUCCGAUUCAUAUCAUUCAGCACUGGAAGGCGCGGCUGCAUUGCGGCGUCGCUUGGGACUUGCAUGACCACCAUGCUUCUAGCUAGGCUUCUUCAAGGAUUUUCAUGGAGUUUGCCGGGAAAACAGAGUUGUGUCGAUCUUAGCGAGGCGGAAAAUGACCUGUUUUUGGCGAAGCCGUUGGUUGCACGGGCGGAGCCGCGGUUGCCGCCACAUCUUUACCCAGCAUCUAAUUAACUGAUGAUCAUGGCGGAUCAUAUAGAUACGUAUACGUAUGUGUGUUACCAUGUAUCCAUAUAUGCAUGCAUGUUUUUGUUUCGAGUUGUUUAUAUAUGACUCUGUGAAUAACCGGCAUGCAUGGCAGAUCCGAGACUUAAGUGUCUCGAGAACGUCUAAAUUUGGGAUUAUCGCCAUCUCUUGUACAUUUACUGUGU